GAUGGGAACUGAGCUUCCAAGAGGCCGGAGCCGUCUUCCUCUUGAGACAGAUACCGAGCCUCCCAUGGCUCAGGGCCGCGCGCGCGUUUCCUCCUCUCUUCACCCAGCUUCCCGGUACAGGGGAGGGCCAGGGGUCGUCUUGGGGGCGUGGGAAAAGCGUCGCGAACCCCGGCUGGAGGCUCGAGGACUCCCUGCGUGCCUGCAAAUCUUUGUCGAUCAAGAGGACGUCAGACAAAUUGCAGUAAUUCAAGAUGCCUGCUGCAUCUUGUGAUUCACCACUUGAAGACAUAGAAGAUAUUGUAUCAAGAGAAGAUUCAAAGCCUCAUGAUAGAUAUUUUUCAAGAAAAAGCAUUGUUCCAAAGGUGCGAAUACGUAAUACCCAAAAAUGUUGAGAGGAAGAUGAUCCACCAAAUGAUAGCACUAUUCCUGGUAUUCAGAAAAUUUGGAUACGGACAUGGGGUUGUUCUCACAAUAAUUCAGAUGGAGAAUAUAUGGCUGGUCAACUAGCUGCUUAUGGAUAUAAAAUUACAGAAAAUCCAUCAGAAGCAGAUUUGUGGCUGCUAAAUAGUUGCACAGUGAAAAAUCCAGCUGAAGAUCACUUUAGAAACUCAAUUAAAAAAGCUCAAGAGGAAGACAAGAAAGUGGUUUUAGCUGGAUGUGUUCCUCAAGCGCAACCUCGUCAGGACUACCUUAAAGGCCUGAGUAUCAUAGGGGUUCAGCAAAUAGAUCGUGUAGUAGAAGUUGUGGAGGAAACCAUUAAAGGUCACUCUGUGAGACUCCUGGGUCAAAAAAAAUCUAAUGGAAAACGUCUUGGGGGAGCUCGAUUGGAUUUGCCAAAGAUAAGAAAAAAUCCACUGAUAGAAAUCAUUUCUAUCAAUACAGGGUGCCUCAAUGCUUGUACCUACUGCAAAACCAAGCAUGCCAGAGGAAAUUUGGCCAGUUAUCCAAUUGAUGAACUUGUAGAUAGAGCCAAACAGUCUUUUCAAGAGGGUGUCUGUGAGAUAUGGCUGACCAGUGAAGACACAGGGGCUUAUGGCAGAGAUAUUGGCACUGACCUCCCUACAUUGCUGUGGAAACUAGUUGAAGUGAUUCCUGAGGGAGCUAUGCUGAGAGUUGGCAUGACAAAUCCUCCCUAUAUUUUAGAGCAUCUGGAGGAAAUGGCAAAAAUCCUCAAUCAUCCAAGAGUCUAUGCUUUUCUGCAUAUACCAGUACAAUCUGCUUCUGACAGUGUGUUAAUGGAAAUGAAAAGAGAAUACUGUGUGGCAGACUUUAAACGAGUAGUGGAUUUUCUGAAAGAAAAAGUUCCAGGAAUAACUAUUGCUACAGAUAUCAUCUGCGGUUUUCCUGGAGAAACAGAUCAAGAUUUUCAAGAAACACUGAAACUGGUUGGAGAAUAUAAGUUUCCCAGCCUUUUUAUUAAUCAAUUUUAUCCACGACCAGGGACCCCUGCUGCAAAAAUGCAACAAGUUCCAGCACAUGUGAAGAAGCAACGUACAAAAGACCUUUCUCAGCUGUUUCAUUCCUAUAAUCCAUAUGAUCAUAAGAUUGGUGAAAGACAACAAGUGCUGGUAACAGAAGAAUCUUUUGAUUCCAAGUUUUAUGUUGCACACAAUCAAUUCUACGAACAGGUGCUUGUGCCAAAGAACCCCAUGUUCAUGGGGAAAAUGGUUGAAGUGGACAUUUAUGAAUCAGGAAAACACUUUAUGAAGGGACAGCCGGUGUCCAAUGCCAAGGUGUAUACCCCAUCCAUCAGUCAACCAUUAGCAAAGGGAGAAGUUUCCGGUUUAACAGAGGAGUUCAGACAUGUGCUUGAAAAUGGCUCAAGAACAAAAGCAAACAUGUCUGCAGAGACUCUGGAAAAAUCAUUGAGUUCCAGGCUAGGCUUACGGAUCCUCUGGACACUGCAAGAUGGUGGGCUGAAGGCAUUCUCAGUGGGCUUGGUUCUGCUAGCUCUUCUGGUUGCUUUCUUUAUGAAAACACAUCAGUAGAACACCCAACUAAAUAAAGAAUCUGUGGAAAGGAAUACAUUUCUAAUUAAAAGCUUCUUUGGAAAAAUGGCCACAUCUCUCCUGAAGGGGCAAUGCUUUGUACUCAACCCUUCUGCCUCUUCUUCAUCCACAAUUUUAAUGAGGACAGCAUUGCUCGACUUUGAGCUGAAUCCAUUGGUUAUCUGACCCAGAACUUAGUACUGUUUUGUCUAUAAAUAUCUUAUUUUUAAAAUUAAAUCCUUGGGGAUUAUUUUUAGCAAGACGUACAGAGGUUCUGCAGUUUAAAAUCUUCUCUGUCUUCAUUUUUGAGACUAAGCAUACUGCAAAUGAUUCUAAGCAUUUCUUUGUAUAUGAAAAAUGUUGAAGCUUUA